AUGGCCGGCCCGGGCGGCGCCUUCGUCCGCGCCGUCGUCACCUUCCUCGCGCUGUGGUGCUGGAAGAUCGCGCCCGCGGGGUGUACAUGGGGGGCCAUCGUGGACGGCCGGCUCGUCCGAUCGCCGUUGAUCGGCUCGCCGUUUCAGUGGUUCGCCGCUUCAUUCGUCGUCUCCUCGUUGUGUUGCGUCUUCGCCCUCGUCGCAGUUCGAAGAAGGCUCGGAGACGGCGCCAAGGCGUUGCACCAGCCGCGGAGGACCGACGGACCGCCGCACCACAAGCACGGCGCCAAGGCGUCCACGCCGACGAUGGGCGGCGCGGUAUUCGUCCCAGCCGGUCUCGUCUGCGCCUUACUCGCCAAUAAAAUCGUCGGCGACGAAUCCGUGCUCGCGCUUUGCGCCGCGACGGCUUUGAUGUGCGGCGUCGGUGCGAUGGACGACCUCAGGAAGCUGCGCACGGCGAGUGCGGACGUGGGUUUACCCCCCGCCGCGAAGCUGGCGUGCCAGAGCGUCGUCGCGAGCGUGUUGUGCGCGUGGCUCGCGAGCGGCGGCGCGGGGGGGAUCGGGUUAGUCCCGGGGUUCACGACGGUGACGACGCUGUGGGUUGGACAGACCUUACGCCUCGGUCGGUGGUUCUGGGCGCUCGCGGCGUUCACCGUGGUGGCGGAGAGCAACGCCGUGAACGUCACCGACGGGCUCGACGGCCUGGCGGCCGCCACCGUCGCCUUCGCGCUCGUCGGGACCGGGAUGAUCUUACUCGCGCGAGGGCGCCCGGAGCUGGCGUCGUUUGCGAUUUGCGUUGCCGGGUCGGCUUGCGGAUUCCUCGUCGUGAACAGGCACCCCGCGAGCGUGUUCAUGGGGGACACCGGGAGUUUAGCUCUCGGGACGGCGUUGGGCGGGUUGGUGGCGUGCGGCGGGGGCGGGAUGGUCCUCCCCGUCUUUGUCGCUUCCGGCGUGUUCGUCGUCGAGGUUUUAUCGGUGGUGGCGCAGCGUUUGUAUUUCGAGUGGACGCGGCGGCGGCGGGGAACUGGGGAGAAGUUGCUGAAGAUGUCGCCGCUGCACCAUCACCUGGAGCUGAGCGGGUGGGGGGAGAUGAAGAUCGUGGUGUGGAUGGUGGCGUUCGGGGCGGCGUGCGCGGUGGCGGCGCCGAGGGUGGCGUUGAUGGGAGUGGGCGCGCUUUAA